CCUCUCCUUCCCCACAGUGUGCAAGUGUUCCUGAACCUGCCUUCUCCGUGCUCGUACUUCCUUAUGAUGUCAGCGGCCAAGACUGAAGCCUUUCAGAUCUUGUAUCUAGAAUAAAACAACACCAGAUGUUGUGUCUACGUCGUGCAAACCAAGCAGUACCUCGUACCACGUGAAGACACAAUAACGCUAACCAUCUGAGACUGGGUCUCCUUUGCGACUGUUGCGGAAAAAUAAGCCUUAACCCCCUUUGCAUUGAGCAUGUCGAGAACAAAGUCAGGAGCCACUGGGAAAGGAGGUGGCGGCCGCAAACGGCGGACACGUAGGGCUUGCGAUCGGUGUCGUCUCAAGAAAGCAAAGUGUGACGGCGGAGUGAAAUGCGGAACCUGCAAAGCAAACAAUAGUGCUUGCACUUAUACUGCUCGAAGAGGUCGAGAAGCCAGAAGCUAUUAUUGUCGGAUGCGUGAAGUCUUGGAUGAAGCUCUUCAACGGUUAUAUUGGGCAUGUCGACACAAGAUGGAAUUCCCCGGCGAGAUCCCGGAUGAAUCGACCGGUGUCGUUACCACAGAGGCAAUUCUUAAUGGGCUGGGUUUAACAACACCGGAUCAAGACGAUUCUACAUCGCCAGUGACGCUCACGCAGCAUCAAUCUUCCACGGAGCACGAUGAUACACACGAGAAGGGCCAACUCUUGGUAACACCUCCAGCAGAGUCAGGCUUCGCCCAGAACGAGUAUUCAGCAAUCCCGCAAACCCCGAUGACCAUAUCACCCUCCACAUACGCCCGCCAGAUAUCUACUGUUAGCCCCUCGCUACAUUCACCCACAUCGAGCAAAGUCGACUUGAAUUUGAGUAUGGACACGCAACCACAGGAUAUCCUUGAAUCGCCACAAAUGUCGACAUGCGAGCCACACCCGAGGCUCGAACUGCAACCUGCUCUGAAGGGCCCCGGUCCCGGCUUGAACGCUGAUUCCUAUCUUGAUGUGGACGCUUUUUUGGAUACAAGCUCUUGUGAUUUUCCCAACACUUUCCAGCCGGCUGACAACUUCGGGGAAGCAAUGCAUUGGGAGCCUCGUCUUCAACAAGCCCAAAAGUUCUACCUACCAGAACAGCAAGCCGUGGAAGGCACAGUUUCUGACGGCUAUCUUUCUCCUUGGCCUGGCUCAUUGGCUGCAGCUUAUCAAUCGGUGGAUCCUGUCUAAUUUUCGAAACCCUUUCGUUGUGUAAUGGAGUACGGGGCAAGCGGAUUUCCUUCGUCGACCAUGGUAUGCUAGAGCGAUGGGAGGCUAGCGCUCGUUUUCAUGUCCGCACGCGGACGAUUUGUACAGUCCUACAAUGCAGAUUCUUGUUCCGGGUGUUGGGACAGUCACUUUUCUUUGAUAUCCUGAGAAGCCUUCGCUUAGCCUUUGGACAGUGCAUCAUCGAACUACCGAUCUCUCUCGGGAGUUUGGACAGUGGAGAGAAAGGAUGACAAGGGUGAUAUCUUGCAGGUGGGGAGUCUUCAUCUCCAUGCCUGCCUGUUGUACGAGUAUAAGUGCGGAUUUCUCCACGGUUAUCGCUUGAGACUCUCGUGUUACAGGCCACCCAGUCGAGCUCGGCAAGGCGCAGUUUCGACGAUCCAGGUAGGGCAUGGUUUUGGACAAUCAGAAAGCCGCCAAUCUACAACAAAUCUGAUAUAUCCGCAACAUGUCCAAGACAAUAUCCUCCAAAUUCGGUCAGAUCAUUGUGCGAACAAACCUUCAACAGCUCGACACGGAUCUUCUAUGGACGGGGCUGGCACGUACGAAGGAUAGGGGGAUAGAAAAAGUGUUUCUGGAAGUAUGUGGUACAUGGUAAUAUUUACCUUGAACCCGCAAAUACCAGCCGCAGUGGCGCCAGCGACCUGAAUGCAGGCCUCGUCGCGAAACCGUAAUCUGACGGUAGCUGACCACGAGGUCCCGGAGAAAGGUACCAUUCGGUCGUGGACGACCUUCUUCCUCAUCCAGCUCUUUUGGACAUGCAAUGUAUGCUAUGUCACAACGUCCGGCGUCUUUUUGAUUGACUUUGAAGGGCUCUUCUUGCCACUGGCUUCACCUUGCAUCGGGGGACUCUUGCAGUGUACUCGUACCAGUCUGGACCUCAAAAGCUCGUCGAUCGUCAAGCGUCCAAUAUGGCCAGAUAAAACCCUAGGAGUGGCGAGUCGGCGACCUCGCGUAGGCCCGGAUGUUUGCCAGGGUCUCCUCGUUGAGCAUUACCCUGAUUGGUUUCCCUGUGGGCACGG